GUUAUUAGCCUGAACCCGUAUGCGCCUGUAUAUUUGGGUACGGCUAGAAAUUCUUACUUAGCAAGACUAAGAGACGAAAUCGAACAGAUCCUCUUUUCUUUCUUCACAAGCGCGCAAACAUGGCGCAACACCAGGAUUCCCGUAUGUAUGAAGCGAAGUACCCGGAGGUGGACGAUGUGGUAAUGGUCCAGGUCAAGUCGAUAGCGGAAAUGGGCGCCUACGUCUCGCUGCUGGAGUACAAUGGCAUUGAGGGCAUGAUCCUGCUCUCUGAGCUUUCCAGGCGCCGCAUUCGCUCUAUCACAAAGCUUAUCAAGGUCGGCCGCCAAGAGCCGGUGAUGGUGCUGCGUGUUGAUAAAGAGAAGGGCUACAUCGAUCUGUCCAAGCGCCGCGUGUCGCCUGAGGACGUGGCGAAGUGCGAGGAGCGCUACAACAAGUCCAAGCUGGUGCACUCCAUCAUGCGCCACGUGGCCGAGACCACGGGGCGAGACCUGGAGGCGCUGUACGACAACAUCGCCUGGCCGCUGUACAAGCUGUACGGGCACGCGUUCGACGCGUUCAAGACCAUGGUGACGGACGAGGGCGAUGCCAUCUUCAAGAAGCUCGAGGAGGAGAAGGGCGCCGCGGCCACCGCGCUGCUCUCAUCCGAGGUGCGCGAGGCGCUGCUGAAAAACAUCAAGCGGCGCAUGACCCCGCAGCCGCUGAAGAUCCGUGCGGACGUGGAGAUGACGUGCUUCACCUACGACGGCAUUGAGCACAUCAAGAGCGCCAUCCGCGCCGCGGAGGCGACCAGCACGGAGGAGUGCCCCGUCAAGAUGAAGCUGGUGGCGCCGCCGCUGUACGUGCUCACCACACAGACAUUGGACAAGAACAAGGGCGUUGAGGUCCUCACGGCGGCGUGCGAGGCGUGCCAGAAGUCCAUUGAGGCCAGCCGCGGCAAGCUGGUGGUGAAGGAGGCGGCGCGCGCGGUGUCGGAGCGUGACGACCGCCUGCUCAACGAGAAGCUGGAGCAGCUGGAGGCAGCCAACGCCGAGGUGGACGGCGACGACGAAAGCGACGAGGAGGAGGACACGGGUAUGGGCGACAUCGACGUGGAGGCCGGCCCCGCCUUCGUGGACGUAUGAGCAGGCGGCCGCCGUGCGUGUGGCUCGAGUUCGGGAGGAGGCAUAGCAAGCGGCGUGGGGCUUGGGGCUGUGGCAGGGCAGUGGUAGGUGUCGGGGAGACAGGCAACCUGGGGAGGGGUUGCGCAGGCGCAGCGCGCGGGAUGGGGACUUGCGCCGAGCCUGCGUGGUUGAAGGCGUGUGGUGCGCUUGGUGAGCGUGGACGAGGCGGUUAGCAGACAGAUUAGAUGCGGCAUGCCAGCAGCAGUGGCCAUUCCGUAGGUAUGCGUGCGGGUUGCGGGUAUCUUGGGUUUCGGUGCACACGAUACAGGUUCACACCAACUUUCGGUGGGUGGACGCACGGACGGGCAGUCGGGCACGCCAGCGCGCAGGAGGUGCGUGUCCCGAGUGGCAUGGAGCAUGUAGGCAGGCGAGGUGGAGUGCAGGAGUGCAGUGCAGGGUUCCGGAUGUCUUGUUGGACGUCGGUGGAGGGCGCUAGGCGGCAAUGGGGCGCUGCGUGGACUGGGGGCGUGGCGGAGCAGUGCCCAAGUCCUGGUGGCCGGUGAGAUUUUCCGUGCUCUCUGUUGAGCCUUACACUCUGGCCGCUGAGUCCGCCCCAAGCGUUGGGCGUCCCUAUCAAAACACUUGUUGCGU